UUGCAGCUCAAGGGAGUCCUGCACUCGGGGAAACCGCCGGAGCAUAAUCAGGUCAGGCACCGGAACUUCAUCUACGACGAGGCCCCAGUUGUCAUUGUGAGGACUCUGAGAUCGUCAAGUUCAUCUCCGAUUAACCGGAGAAGGGGAAUCAACUGCUCUCCGUCGAGCGGCGGCCGAAACCAAAUCAGUUACAAUUCCAACUCGCCGGCGCCGAGUCCUCACUGGAGCCCGAGCGCAGUCACCACAGCCAGGAACGAAAGCAGCGCAAUUGGAAGAAAAUCGAACUCGCUCGUGAAGCCCAAACCUCUGAGCGUCGAAACCCAACGGAUAAAACCUGAUCCCGUCGAAAACCGGCGAUCCUCUCUAGUUCAGUCACCUAUUUUAUGA